CCCAUACAUCCGAGUCGUCGUGUGGCGGCGACAUAAUCCAGAUAUACUAUCCCACCAAGCUUCGUCCCUUCCGAGUGGAUAUGUGUUGACCAGACUAGUAGAGACGGAAUGGGGCUUCGUAUCACAACAUGGAACGUCAACGGGAUUCGAAAUCCAUUCGCCUACGAGCCAUGGAGGGGGAGGCGCACCUUCGAUGCGAUGUUUGACAUCCUCGAGGCCGACAUUGUUGUGUUUCAAGAAACGAAAAUCCAGCAGAAGGACCUCCGCGAUGAUAUGGUCCUAGUACCCGGAUGGGAUUGCUAUUUCAGUUUGCCCAAGAUGAAGAAAGGUUAUUCCGGGGUGGUCAUAUACACCCGUAAUGCAACCUGUGCCCCCAUCCGCGCAGAGGAAGGGCUUACCGGUACGCUGUGUCCACCUAACUCGUCGGUCCCCUUUCGCGAUCUUCCCGAAGACCAGCAGAUUGGCGGAUAUCCAACGCUAGAGCAGCUCAGUAAGCUCGAAGUCGAUCCCGCUACGCUGGACUCGGAAGGGCGUUGUGUCAUUCUCGAGUUUCCUGCUUUCGUACUGCUUGGUAUCUAUUCGCCUGCGAACCGAGACGAGACCCGUGACUCCUUCCGGCACGACUUCAUUGAUCUGAUGGACGCUCGCGUUCGCAAUCUCGUCGCUAUGGGAAAGAGGGUGUUCGUCACAGGUGACUUGAACAUCUCCAGAAGGGAAAUCGAUGCAGCCCAUGUGGGAGAGUCGAUUCGAAAAGGAACUUUGACCGAGGACGAAUGGAUCUCGACCCAUGCUCGACGUGUUUUUAACCAGUGGUUUCCGGAUGGUAGAGUAAUCGGGGAGCGUGACGAAGGGAGAGAUGAACCCGUUCUUCAUGAUAUCUGUCGAUCGUUCUAUCCCGAUCGUAAAGGAAUGUAUACAUGUUGGGAGCAGAGAAUCAAUGCCCGCCCCGGCAACUAUGGCGCACGAAUUGAUUAUGUCCUAUGCAGCUUGGAUAUGCAAGAUUGGUUCUGCGAUUCCAAUAUACAGGAAGGGCUUAUGGGCUCGGACCACUGCCCUGUCUAUGCCGUUAUCAAAGAUAGCGUACUUGUGGGAGGAAAAGAGACGAAUAUUCUUGACAUCAUGAAUCCUAUUGGUGUCUACGAAAAGGGCAGGCGUCAGCAAGAGUACACGACGAAGCUGUUGUUGCCUACCUCAGGCCGUCUAAUCCCAGAAUUUGACAAGCGCAGGAGCAUCAAGGACAUGUUCAUGCGCAAACCCUCCAAGUCUUCCCAGAACUCACCCACUAGAGCUACGACAAACUCUCCGUCAAUUCAAACGCCAGGAGCAACCGCGGCCUCCGCUUCCCAGAAGACUAUUAACGAACCGGUCGGCAAUGCCAAUGGCGAAAGCAGAGGCAUCGUACGCAAGCGAUCAGACAAGCCUGAGUCUCCCAUCAAACGAUCGAAAAGCACGAAUGUUCCAGCACCCGCGCCUACUAGCGCUGGGCAGAAAACUCUGAAAGGGUUCUUCAAACCGAAAAGCGCCCCCGCGAAUCCUAACGACGAGUGUUCCAUCCAAGAUGUUAAACCUGAUACCGCUCAACCGUCGACUACCGUCUCCAACGCGAUUUGUUCGGCAGAGUCCUCGCAGUUUAAGGAGCAAGGAUCCGUUAACACUGUGACCAGAAUGUCUGCUGAUGAAGAAGCCAGCGCCUAUAUCUAUUCCAGUGUACCCAACCACAAAGUAGACGACAUUGUUAUUGAUCCGAUCGCCACCAAAGAAGAUUGGUCCAAGCUGUUCACAAAGCGACGAGUUCCUCCUUGCAGAGGUCAUGAAGAACCAUGCAUCAGCUUGACGACGAAAAAGCCUGGACCGAACUGUGGACGGGCCUUUUGGAUAUGUUCGAGGCCUCUGGGACCGAGCGGCAACAAGGAGAUGGGAACGCAAUGGCGAUGUCCGACGUUCAUUUGGGCAAGCGAUUGGAAUUCGCAGUCAUUGUAACUGUAAAGGAGAGCUUAUAUUAGCGAAGCCCGAUAAUGGUUUUUGUUUGGCAGAGUUGAAGAAAAUGAUACCCCCACCUGCGACUCUAGAGCUCCUGUGUGAGUCGAAGGUUGAUAGUUGAAAUAGCAACCUCUCGUUCUCUGUGUGUAUUUAUUGACCAAACAAGCUGGUAUUGCGCGGAUGCAAUGCAAUAUCCAUGACUGUGCAGCCAAC